GUGAUGGUGGUCUCACAAAAUAACCAAGCACCAGAUUAUGUUUAAAAUUUCACUAUGGGCUUCUUUAAAGGCACUGGUUCAAACCACGCGAUCGGUACAGCGGAGGUCAUGUUCGGCGGGGCGAAUAUCCCGACUUCCCGUCUUCGUACUUCUCGUUUUCGGACAUAUUUUUGCCCCAAACGGUGUAGUCUAAACAUGAGGAACCUGACGACGAGGAGCAUUUAAGAACGAGGCAUGGCUCGCGAAUGACGCACAUGCAGCGAGAUACCGCUACAGGGUCAGAUAUUCCUCCAAGCAGUAAACGGGCUAAACCAACAGACGCGAUACUCGGAUCCGUAACAAUGGCAAUCUUCGAGCAAAGACUGGACGAGGCGGCGAGUGGUACCAACAGAAAAGUGCUCGGGGUUGUCUGUAUGGCCAUGAAUCGAACUGGCGACACCCUCCUCUCCCACGCCUCAGGCCACACUUCCCUCUCCCCCACCGCCCAACCCAUCACUCCUCUCUCCAUCCUCACCCUCUCCUCCUGCACCAAGCUCCUCACCACCCUCACCGCCCUCCGCCUCGUCCAGGCCUCACCGCCCCUCCUCUCCCUCGACUCAACUACCCUAAUUGAUGAGCAUCUCCCCGAGCUCGCCGCUCAGCCCAUCAUCACAUCCGCUCCCGGCGCUCCUUUGACUUUCGAGCAGCGCAGCAAACCCAUCACCCUCCGCGCACUGCUGACCCACGCGAGCGGCUCCGGCUUCGACAUCUUGAGUCCGCAGCUGCAGGCGUGGCGGCGGAGUAGGGGCGAGCCCUGCGCGGCGCUGAGUGCGGGGUUGCCCGAGGCAGUGAGUGCGCCGGGGUUAUUUGAUCCUGGGGAGGGGUGGGCGUAUGGUGGGGGGUUGGAUUGGGUUGGCCUCCUCAUUGAAAGGACUUGUGGGGAGGGGCUGGGAGUUGUUAUGCGAAAGGAGGUGUGGGAUGUGCUAGGGUGUGACUACCGCGCGGGUUUUUGUCGGAAAGAGCUCGAGGAUGAGGUUGUGGAGGUUGUCACACGGAGCGAGGAUGGGGAUCUGGCACCGUUCAAGUAUCCGCCGACGGAGAUGAAGAGUGAAAGGGGGAGUGGAGGCGUGUACUGCUCCUCUGCGAACUUCGUGCGCGUACUCGCCGACCUGAUUUCGCCGACGCCCAAGCUUCUGACAGCGCAGACCUUGGACUUGCUCUUCAGCGCGCAGUUCGGCGAAGGAUCGAAGCCGCUUGAUUCUCUGCGACAAGCUUCGCCCGUCUUCAAAGGUAUGACUGGUGCGCUUACGGGUGAGUUACCGGCGACUGCAAUCAAUCAUGGGCUGGGCGGACUGCUUGUCACUGAGGAUAAUCCGGAUUUGGGAAGGACGAAGGGGACAAUGACGUGGGGUGGCUCGUGCAAUUGUUUGUGGUUUGUGAACAGGGACGUUGGGAUUGCGGGGUGGUAUGGGAGUUCGAUGUUUCCGCCCGGAGAUCCGACCAGUGGGGAGUUGAUGGGGGCUUUUGCGAGGGAGGUUUGGCAGAGAGUUCGGGAAGGAAAAGGGCAGUGA